AAAAUCAGUUGAUUUUUAUAACCAAAUUUAUUUUAAUAACAUCCUAUUAUAUGAUUUUAAAAUGUGUAAUGAGCUUUUCAAAUAAUUUCUAGACUAUUUCAUCAGAUCUAGUAGAUCUAAAUAUAAAUAAUAAAUUCGAAUGUAGUACUUAAUGUUUUUUUUUAAGUUACAGAAAUAACUAUCAGAAGAAUUGUGUCAACCAGAUUCUAGACCUAGUUGCUAGGUCCCACCCCUGGGCCUAGUAAAAAUUAUAUAGCAACAUUAAUUUGAAAAAACACUUAAAAAUAAUCAGCAAUACAAAAUGAUUAGCUAAACAGUAUUUGAAAUGCAGUUAAAUCAAUCUAUCCAAAUUUUUAAAUGUUCUGUGUAGAAAAAAGAUGGUGCCAAAAUAAAACAUGGUUUACAGUUCUCCCAAUGAAUUCCAGAAUUUCGUGACAGACUACGCCAUUGUUUUACUGGGGUUUUUUUCUGCUAUGCCGUUCCAGAAUAUUAACCAACACUAUAUUGUGAGACUACCACAGCUACCUUCUUACAAACAGCACAAAUUUAAAAAUUUAUAGUUUGUAGGAUGUCUUACAAAAUUUGUAACUAAAUUAUUACUCAGUAUAGAUUGUUUAACUCUCUGCAACAAGCUGCCAGUAGGUUGAGGCCACACUGGGGCUUGUUCUGCCAGGGAUUCAAACAGUCGACUCAAAAAAUUUAACCAAAUUGAUAACUCAUUUUAUUAAGUUAAUUCAUAAUUAAGACUAAGAAAUUUUAUUUUAAAAUGUUCAACUUUUCGUACACAUCAAAUAAUUAUUAAGCUUUAUUAGAAUUCCUUACACUGCUGGCUCAUUUGUAAUUCAUAAUAGUUUUUCAUCAUAUAUAGAUUAGAACAUUUCAUAUCUUUUGGACAUCAUGAAAAAUGCCUCGAACAGAAGUAAUUGUUCAGUUAACUCGCAGCGGACAGUGAUUGCCCCAUCCAGUAGAUUGGUCAUAAGUAACAUUGCAGCUAGUAGAAAUGUUGACCAUUUGUCUUGUACAUUAGUUAACAGGCGUGUAGAAGGGAGAACUAAAUUGGCAUAUGAUGUUGAUAGGACUGGAAAUGAUCAUCGUUAUGUUCUGCCCAGAAACAAUGGAAACAAUUUAGAACAGCGGAUUGUUGUCCCUCCAAAGAGCCAAAUCCAGCCCAAGAUGUCUGAGACAAAUCAUACUACUAAGACUGACAAUGUGAUCCCACAGAAGUAUUUAGACAGCCUAGAAGAAAUGGAGCUCAAGAUCCGUUACAUGAAAAAUGACAUAGAAUUCAAGCAAAGACAGUUACAAGCUAGAAAUCAGACGAACAAACCUGUUGAGAAAAAAUCUGAAUCCGGCAGUCAGACGAAGAGUAAACUCAACCUGAAACAAUUACCAGAAAGCCUAGAGGAAAUGGAACUUAAGAUUCGAUACAUGAAGAAUGACAUAGAAUUUAAACAGAGUCAAUUACAAGCUAGAAACCAAGCCCACAAAACAGGCAAAACUUCAUAUAAUAAGCUCAAACUAGAUGGGUCAACAGAUAAUUGGGAUAAGAUAAAAUCUAAAUUGUUAAAAACAGCUACUGAUACAGACGUAGUAUGCAGUAGUAAUUCAGCUUUAUCUGCUGGUUCUUCAUUUACUGGCUCUAGCCUAACCAGUGCAAGAAAACAAAUAGACAUUUUCAAAGGACAAGAUCCAGCUCAUCUAAACAAGAAUCAGUCAUACCAUUCACCGACCAAAACGACAGCUAUUUAUAACCCAAUGACCAAUAGAACGUUACCUCAUAAGCUAUCUGAAUCCACAAAACAAACAACUGCAAACAAACACAACUUUUCUUUUGCUCAGCAGAGCCCUAGUCGAUUUAAAUUUGUUAAAAAGACCAGUACCCCAAAAGAAAAAAGUACCAGCGAAUCUUCAAAUGUGAAAGACAGUAUUUUACCUGCUCCAGGAAUGGCCCAGUCAACUCCAUCAAAGAAACACCAACUGGCUGUGACGAGAAGAACUCCAACUUUAAAUAUACAAAGCGCAGCUAAACUAGUCAGUAAAUAUAAACUAAAGAGGCUCUCCCCCACAUCUGCCUCAAAAAUUAACCCACAUUUUUAUCACAACCCCAGAAAAAUCUUUGAUGAUUUCGGCACUGUCAAAGGUCACUCUGCUAAACUUAGUCUUUCACAGAAUGUACAUAAACGUAGCCAAAGCAGCUUUUUCCUCAAUGUUUCAAAAGAAAGUCUCAACACAGAGAAUGUCAAUAGUAAAAUGAAGAUAGAUAAAAGAUCUGUGAAAACAAAAGCUGUGCUGCCACAGAAUAAACUACUAUAUAAACUAGACAGACGAAAUAAAACAAAUAACAUCCUCAAACAGGAAUCAGCAACUUUUGGCCUAAAUGAACGCAUGUCUACACGGCAUAAGUGGUCAAAGAUUCCUACACCUAUUGGACUGAGGUCACAGUUUAAAUGGUCCAGAACUAAUCUUCAAUACCUUAAUUUACAAAAACUUUACUGGAAACAGAGGUUUAAACAUGGGUAUAUUAGAUCCUCCAGAUUUACAAGUGUCAGAAAUAGCAGAAACACUUGGAGGCCUUAUAAAACCAGCAAGCCAAAUCUGAUCCGUAUUGAUGAUGUUCUCUACCAGUCUAAUGGCAGGAAACUUACUGUAGCAAGGAGAAACGUUCUCAGUCCAUCUUCCAGACUUUGGAAAUUUCCUUUUGAGAAGAUCAAUUCCCCCUGUGAGAAAAAUUGGAGAAGGCAAAAGAUGAAACUUAUUUCAUUACGAGGUAUACAUUUCAAUAUUGAUGCAAGAGGCAAGAAACUUUGCCGAACUGAAAAAGUAUUGGAUGAAGUGAAGCAUGAUGGGAUUAAACAAGAAGCACUAGCGCAAAUAGUGGGGGAGCAUACAAGACUUGCAGCCAGCCGAGUUCUUCACAGAAGUAUUGUCAUAGCAGCUGCCAAAUUCAAAAAGGACAACCAAAAAUCUAAAAGGAGCAAACAGUAUUGUAUCUUUUUUGGUCGGUUUGGCAAGUGUUCCAGGGGAGAUAACUGUCCUUACAUUCAUGACCCAAACAAAGUUGCCAUGUGCACAAGAUUUUUGCGUGGAAAGUGUAAUGUUACCAACUGUGCCUUUUCCCACAAGGCAUCUGUUGAGAAAAUGCCAGUGUGCCUGUUUUACCUGCGAGGAGCGUGCUCAAGGGAAUCUUGUCCUUACCUUCACGUCAAGCUUAACCCCUCUGCACCUGUUUGCAGAGAUUUUCUUAAUGGUUUUUGUGUUCUUGGAGAUAAGUGUAAAAAGCUGCACUCGUUUGUCUGUCCAUUGUUUGCUGACACUGGGAAAUGUAUCCGUGGUGAUAAAUGUGGAAUGUUGCACCGGAAGCGGAAACAAGAAGAGAAUGUACGCUAUGGACAAAUUAAAAGGUUGAAAUCAUGCCAUGACAAGGUAGGUCAACCCCCAAAUGUUGCCAGGGAACCCCCUGCAAUUGAGACUGUGACUUCUGCCCCUUUGACAUCACAACCAGUUUUUAUUUCGCUGCGGUCCAGGGAAACAAACGACGUGAAGCCCUCGGAGACCACAGAGUCAGUUCGGAUAAGACCAAUGUUUUUAUCUGGUUCACCAUCAGAUAUUACAGCCAGUUGCAGCAAUAAUGAUAUUGAAAAUGUUAACACUGAUGAUAAAAUCUACCUCUCCGUGUCAUCUCCACCAGAUGCUAAUAAUUCAGUGAUGACAGACAGUAUAAGUGAAGAACCUAUAAAGGACGUACAGUUUAAGAUCACUCCAUCAUUUAUGCCUUAAAAAUUUUGAUUGAAUUUUUAUGAACUACUUAUACAGCACUUGAUAAAAAUUUUAUCUAGUUGAAAUGUUUUUAAAAGUAUCAACAACCUCACAAACUAAACAAGGUAUAUUUAGUGACAACAAUUUAGAAUUGAAAUGUCAUUUUGUUUACUUCUGAACUUUGUUGAUAUGCUUUUUGAGACUUUUUUUAAAUUUAGAAAUGGACACACUUCAGUGCAGCUUCUAGUAUUUUAAAAUUGUGAUUUUAAAGUGUUUAUAAACUUAUAACAUCAACUGGGGAAAAAAAUAUUUUUUCUUGCCUUGCCAGUACUUGCUUACCAUUUUUCAUUUUUUGCUCCAUUCAGUGUAGAGUUGGUGCCAUUUUAUUGCAAUGUGAUAUUAGUUUAAAGUUUUUAAAAACUUUACAGUUAAAAUACAACCAAAAACCAAAGAACUGCAUUUACCUUAUAGUAGUUAUAGGACAGUACAUAAGUAGAGUUUCAUUUUUGUUUUAAAUUUGGCGCUAAUUUGUAAAUUAGAACUAACUUUUUAAUGAAACAUAAAACUAACAUAAUGAUCUGAGAGAAGAUAAAUGUUUAUUAAAAAAUGUAUUUACAUUUACAUUUUUUUUUUCAAGUACAGUAAUGCCUCAAGAAAAUACUCGUCACAUUCCUAAAAA